GCCGCACUGCGCUCCGCUCGGCUUCAUAGCGGGAGGUUCUAGGUGUGGACCGGAGCGCAGCCGAGCUUCAAGUUUUAGUAGUAUGGAUUAUAGUGUAAAGUGUGAUACUACUAAAGUAGUAGUAUAACACUGUAUUCAGUGCUGGACAGCAGCAGUGUUUCUGCUACAUACAUUUUGCAGCUGCAGCCUGCUGACAGUCAAGAUACAACUACAUAUUAAAAUGUCUGUGAAUUUAUAAUGGGAUAAAAGUACUGAAGCCUUUAUUGUAGUAUGAAGGUGUCCCAGUAGUUUUCUCCAUAUAGUGUAACUAAUGUAGGUAGUUAUUUUUGGUUAAUUGACCUGCUUUUAUUUUAAUACACAAAAAAUGUUUUCUUUGUUUUUCCAGAAUAAACAACCAGGAUAUUUAAUAAAGAACAGUGUUAAACUGCUGAAAGAGGUGAAGCACAAGCCAGCCAGAAGAAUCUCCUGAAAACGCAGAAAUUGUUUGCUACAUUUCACAGACAGAUGGAGCCAAGUCCCAACAUGGAGAAACAUCAGCACUCUGUCAAGAGUUUUACUAAACAGAGUCAUCUCAAAAGACACCAGCGCAUUCACACAGGAGAGAAACCGUAUUACUGCUCCGAUUGUGGUAAGAGUUUUACUACACAGAGUAAUCUCAAAAUACACCAGCGCAUUCACACAGGAGAGAAACCGUAUCACUGCUCAGACUGUGGGAAGAGUUUUAAUCAACAGAGUACUCUCAAACUGCACCAGCGCAUUCACACAGGAGAGAAACCGUAUCACUGUUCAGACUGUGGAAAGAGUUUUACUGAACAGAGUACUCUCAAACUGCACCAGCGCAUUCACACAGGAGAGAAACCGUAUCACUGUUUCGACUGUGGGAAGAGUUUUACUCAACAGGGUCAUCUCAAAAUACACCAGCGCAUUCACACAGGAGAGAAACCGUAUUACUGCUCAGACUGUGGAAAGAGUUUUACUGAACAGAGUACUCUCAAACUGCACCAGCGCAUUCACACAGGAGAGAAACCGUAUCACUGCUCAGACUGUGGGAAGAGUUUUACUAAACAGAGUAGUCUCAAAAUACACCAGCGCAUUCACACAGGAGAGAAACCGUAUCACUGCUCAGACUGUGGGAAGAGUUUUACUAAACAGAGUCAUCUCAAAAAACACCAGCGCAUUCACACAGGAGAGAAACCGUAUCACUGUUCAGACUGUGGGAAGAGUUUUACUUUACAGAGUGAACUUAUAUUACAUCAGUGCAUUCACAAGAGAUAGAAAAGUAUCCCAAAUCUGUUCCUCUGCCAUAAAAAAUGCAAACCUUAAAUCUUUCAGACAGCCAAAAACACCUCAUCAUGCACAAAAUCUUCACUCUGUUACAAGAACUUCAUUUAAAAUGGCUUUUUACAGGUUCAGAAAAAUGAAUCUUAUCCAGAGAUGAUGUUUACUGAAUUUCAUGCUGUGUUUUUAUGUAUGUUUGUAUACCUACAUUAGUUAAUGCCUGCAGAGCUCUUCAACACUUAGUGUUGUGUUUUAAGAAGUUUUUACACACAGAAUCAUAAAUGGUACCACUAACAGCAUAAACUAGGAACAUACAUUUUUACAAUUUUUUCAGUGAUAUGCUGAAUAAAUAGUAAAGCGAUGAUGCUAGCUCAGAGUAAAAUCGUAUAUUAAAUCUCAGCAUUAGCUUUAGAACUAAUAAUAAACAAAAGUGAGGAUUUUAUCAUUCUGGGACAUUUUUAGGUUUAAAAAUUGAAUAUGCUUUGCCAUAAGUAGGAAAUGAUCAUUUGGUCAACUUAUGUCAUUUACAGCCUUAACACAUUCUCAAUUGUUUA